AUGUCGGAACAGACCUCCAGCUCUGUGCUAAGCAGUAGCGAGGUUGCCUUCCCAAGAGGAGGUGCAUCUGUUCUUACGCCUCUUGAGGUCAAAGAGAUUUCUAAUGAAGCUGCAAGAGAUGUGCUCUUCGAAUCAUCAACCGCUGCCAAAAGAACCAGCGGUGAAAAGUCGCAGCAAGCACGCAAAAAGAGCAAGAAGAGCAAGAAGAACACUAAGGAAUCUGAGGAAGUGGAAAAUGUUAUCACAAUUGAAAGUCUUUCCUUCAAAAAACUCUUUCCUGGAACCACCGUGUUGGGACAAAUUUCCAAGGUGAACAAGCUCGAUUUAGAAAUUGCCAUAGGAGACAACUUGAUCGGAUAUGUACCCAUAUCUUCCAUCAGUGACGAAAUCACUCGCAAAGUUGAAUUGUAUCAACAAGAAUCGGACUCGUCUGAAGAUGAAGAAGAGGAAGGUGUUACCCGUACUGCCACCAUGAAAGACAAUGAACUUCCAGAUCUCCAGUCCAUUUUCAAAGCAGGUGAGUGGCUCCGUGCCAAAGUGACAGAGGCCGAACUUUCCCAGUCGAAGAAAAAACGUAUUCAAUUCACCAUCGAGCCUGAAAACGUCAAUGAAUCGAUAGAGGAUGAAGAUUUGAUUCCGGGAAACCUCUUGCAGUGUUCUGUUGUAUCUGUUGAAGACCGAGGUGUCAUAUUAAACACUGGAGUCUCGGGAAAAUCCGGUUUUAUUUCCAACAAAGAAUUAUCAAAUGCCAAUAUAGAUCUCCAAUCGUUGAGCGAAGGUUAUGUCAUGAUGACCAGCAUUGCUGCCAAGCCCACAACACGAACUAUCAGCUUGCGACCAGCGACUCUGUCGGUGUCUCUGAAGAAGAACAAAGUGUCCAACAUUUCUUCCGUUGAUGCUAUACAGCCAGGAAUUAUCGUCGAUGCCCUUGUUGCAGAAAUCACGAAAGAAGGUAUCACAACCAAAGUCUUUGGUAUGGUGGACGGAACCAUCAGUCUUCUGAACAUUGGCGAAUACGAUUUGGACUCGCUUAACCACAAAUUUACCAUUGGUAAUUCGAUAAAAGCUCGCGUUAUAGCCGUUCUCUUGAAAGGUGGAACCAAAAAGCUCGUUUUAUCGAUUCUUCCUCGAAUCUUGUCAUUGGACUCUCAGGAAAAUACCGAUGCUUUGGAAGCAUUCCCCAUUGGUUUCGUCUUUGACCAAGUAGAAGUCAUAGGCUUAGAUUCAAAUUACAUCUUUGUGAGCACAGGCACUUCGUCUUACCAUGGACAAGUUCAUAUCUCCAAAAUCAACCAGGAAAAGGUGAUUGACGACUACUUUGUUGGCUCCAAACACAAGGCUCGUGUAAUUGGACUCAACAAAUUCGAAGGACUUUUAACCUUAACGAUGGAUCCAAAAAUAAUAGACACUAAAUUCAUGGUACCACUGCAAAUUCCAGUUGGUGAGUAUAUCAAUGGAGGUGAGAUUAUCAAGGUUUUGCCUGAUGGCGCUGGAAUUCAGGUUAAGAUUUUCAACGAUUUCGACGCUUUCGUACCACCAGAACACAUGUCUGAUGUCAGGUUGGUGUACCCAGAAAGAAAAUAUAAGGUGGGCUCUAAGAUUAAAGGAAGAGUAUUGAAGGUUCACGGCUCCAAGAUUUUCAUCACAUUGAAAAAAACCCUUGUCAAUAUUGAAGAUGACGAAGUGCUUUCGAAUUUCGAACUGGCAGAAAUCGGGCUCAAAACUCCCGCUACGGUAGAAAAGUUUGUCCACAACGGAGCUAUUGUAUCAUUUUUUGGAAACUUACGAGCAUUUUUACCCAAGAACGAAAUUUCAGAGACUUUUGUUAAAGAUGCUAAAGAUUUCUUGAAGAAAGGGCAGACUGUCAAUGUGAGAAUAAUGGACAGAGACGAAACCCAACAGAGACUAAUUGUCACUCUCAAGCAAAAUGAUGUGACAAAAGCUCAGCAAUCAGCUGUAAGUUCUGUGGUUCCUGGCAAAACUAUAGUAGAGGCUUCAAUUGUUGAAAAAUCUAAAGACAAAGAUUCCGUCAUUGUCGAAAUCGAGGGAUCAAACUUGCGUGGUGUAAUCUACGCUGGUCAGCUUUCCGAUGGAAACUAUGAGCAGACUCGUGCAUUGUACAAGAAAAUACAAGCUGGUGACAAGCUUGAGGCUGUGGUACUCGAGAGAGAUAUGAAGACAAGGUCCGUGAUCUUGUCAGCCAAACAGUCUUUUAUCAAUGGGGCAAAAAACAAUCAGAUUCCAUCGCAAUUCAGCGACGUCACUGUCAGUGAUAAGGUGUUGACUGGAUACAUAAAGUCGGUAACCAACUUGGGUUUAUUUGUCGCUUUUGGUGGAAAAUUGACAGGAUUGGUGUUGGCAAAAUAUGCAACUAAGAAUCCUAAUGAAGAUAUUCUUAAGCGCUUCUAUAAGAACCAAUCGGUAUCUUGUCGUGUUAUACGUUUGGAUAACGAGAACAAAAGAUUUUUGUUAUCUUUGGAUUCUGAAGACAAAUCUGAGCAUGGACAAGAGCUCGUUAAUCCUGUUGAUAGCACCAAGAAACUCAUCACUGACUACACUCCCGGAGCAAAAACACAGGCCAAGAUCAAAUCCAUCAAGGGAACUCAAUUGAAUGUCCAGUUAGCUGACAAUUUGCAAGGUCGCUUGGAUAUCACACAAUGUUUCGAAAAGUGGUCGGACAUCAAAGACAAGAAUCAACCAUUGUCUCAGUUUCAUAAGGAUGAGAUUUUGUCAGUAAGAGUCCUUGGUUACCAUGAUGCAAAGAACCACACUUUCUUGCCUAUUUCCCACCGCAAAUCCAAGAACACAAUUCUUGAGCUCACUCUCCUAGAAAAGGAUCCUAUAACCGAGAUCAAAGAUGUCAAAGUGGGCUCUGAGCAUGUUGCAUUUGUAAACAAUCUUGCUAGAGGUUUCGUUUGGGUUUCCAUGAGUCUAUCCGUUAAAGGAAGGGUUUCUUUUAUGGAUUUAUCUGACGAAGUUUCUAUCUUUGAAGACUUGGAAAACAGGCUUCCAAUUGGUGCCGCAAUCAAAGCUAAGGUCAAGCAAAUCGAUGAAGAGCACAAGAAUAUCAUUUUGACUUCAAGAAAGCAUACCGUUACCAAGUUUGAAGAUGUGGAGUUGAACAAACAAUAUCCAGCUCGUGUCUUGAAGGUGCUUCCAUCUUUUGUUCUUGUUGAGUUAGCUCAUGAUGUGGUAGCUUCUUCGUAUAUCACUGAUGCUUUGAACGACUACUCAAGUGCUCUCAAUGAGGUAUUUCAUGCCAAUGACUACACCACUGCUACUGUUCUUGCUGUUGACAAAGACUCCAAGAAGAUCUCAGUUCUGUUGAGAACCAACAAGGCCGUUGACAAAGUUAUCAAUUCUGUUGAAGAUUUACAGCGUGGUGAUGUCGUGAAAGGUUUUGUCAAGAAUGUGGCUAACAACGGAGUUUAUGUGUCUCUUGGACGUUCAGUGCAUGGUUUAGUGAGAGUAAGCGAUUUGUCUGAUUCUUAUUUGAAAGACUGGAAAAAGUACUUUAAGCAGCACCAGCCAGUCGUGGGUAAGGUGGUUAACUGCAAAGAAGAAGGAAGAGUUUUGAUCACUUUGAAAGAAAGCGAAGUUAAUGGUGAGCUUAAUGUUUUAAAGAAGUUUGAAGACUUGAAAGAAGGAGAGGUAUACGAGGGAUCGGUAAGACAGGUUACAGAUUUCGGAGUGUUUGUCAAAUUGGACGGAACCCUCAAUGUCAGUGGUUUGUGCCAUCAUAGUGAAGUUGCUGAUAACAAGGAUGUUGAUGUCAAGGCUUUGUUUGGGGAGGGUGAUAGAGUCAAGGUGAAGAUUCUUGGCAUCAAUUCAGAAAAGAAGCAAUUGUCUUUGGGGAUGAAGGUUUCGUACUUUGCUCCAGAAGCAACACAGAAUGAAGAUUCCGACGACGAUGUGGAGAUGGCUGAAUCUGAAGAAGCUACUCCUAGUGCCUCAGAAAGCUCGGAUGAAUCUGAUGAGGAAAUCGUUGAGGGUGCAUUUGAAGCCGAUUCGGAUGUUGACCAUGACGAUGAAGAGACCUCCAACGUUGUAGCUGAAGACUCCGGUAUGGGAUUGUCCACCAACGGAUUUGACUGGACGGCUUCAAUUUUGGACCAAGCACAAGAGUCGGACGAGUCUUCAGACGACGAAGAUUUCGUCAAUAAGAAAAAGAAGAAGCGCUCGACUAAGGUUGUCGAAGAUAAAACUGCGGACAUCAAUACUAGAGCACCUCAAUCUGUUUCCGACUUUGAAAGGAUGUUGAUUGGAUCGCCUAACUCCUCAGUUUUGUGGAUGAACUACAUGUCGUUCCAGCUCCAGUUGAGUGAGAUUGAAAAGGCAAGAGAAAUCGGAGAGAGAGCUCUUAAAACCAUCAACUAUCGAGAAGAACAAGAAAAGUUGAACAUAUGGAUUGCAUUGCUAAACUUGGAAAACACCUUUGAUACAAAGGAGAGCCUUGAGGAUACUUUCCGUAGGUCUUGUCAGUAUAUGGAACCAUUGACCAUGCACCAGAAAUUGGCAAGCAUCUAUACAUUGUCGGAGAAAUUUGACGAGGCUACCAGGCUCUACAAAGUGAUGAUCAAGAAGUUCUCUAAGAACGUCAGCGUGUGGGUGGCAUAUGCUUCCUAUUUGCUUGAUCGCCAAAUGAAUGAUGAAGUUCACGAAGCGCUCGCCAAGGCCAUGCAAGCUUUACCUUCAAAGGAAAGUAUCGAGGUGGUCAAGAAGUUUGCUCAGCUUGAGUUUACCAAGGGGGAUCCCGAGCAAGGACGUUCGUUGUUCGAAGGUUUGAUGGCCGAUGCACCCAAGAGAAUAGAUUUGUGGAAUGUGUAUCUUGACCAAGAGAUCAAGUUGAACGAUAAGUCCAAGGUUGAAAAUUUAUUCGAGAGACUUAUCACCAAGAAACUCACCAAGAAGCAAGCCAAGUUCUUCUUUACCAAGUGGCUCAAAUAUGAAGAAGAUCAAAACGAUGAAAAGAGUGGGGCUCGAGUGAAGGCCAAGGCCGCUGAGUAUGUGGAGGCUCAUACAUAA